GUCAACUAAAGAAGUGGACUCGAUCAGGGGAGGUGUUGUGUUCCUCGCAGUCAAACCAAAGCAUAUUCCAUAUUAUUGUCUUAAAGAAGAAAAAAUCUCCAAAAAAAAUCCAUUAAAAUGAAGAGACAAGGACUUAAAAUUCUUCUCAUUCUCUGUAUCUUGAAAAAACAUAAAAAUCGACGAUACGACGAUGCCAGCGCUAAGAGUGUUAUCGUCGUUAGAUGCGGCUAGGAUACAAUGGUACCAUUUCAAGGCGAUAAUAGUCGCCGGGAUGGGACUUUUCACCGACGCUUACGAUCUUUUCUGUAUUGCUCCGAUCAUGAAAAUGAUAAGUCAAAUCUAUUACCACAAAGACUCGAUCGGAACCGCUCUUCUCUCAACUUCUUACGCCAUCGCUCUUCUCGGCACAGCCUUAGGUCAGAUCAUCUUCGGGUACUUAGGUGACCGAGUCGGACGUCGUAAAGUCUACGGACUUUGUCUCUUAAUCAUGGUCUUCAGCUCCUUUGGUUGUGGCUUCUCUGUUUGCACCACUCGACGUUCUUGCGUUAUGGUCAGUCUUGGAUUCUUUAGAUUCGUUCUUGGACUCGGGAUCGGUGGAGAUUACCCUCUCUCCGCCACGAUUAUGUCGGAGUUCGCUAAUAAAAGGACGCGUGGAGCUUUCAUUGCGGCCGUGUUCUCGAUGCAGGGGUUAGGGAUCUUGAUGAGCUCUGCCGUGACCAUGGUUGUGUGUGUGGUGUUCAAGAACGUCGCCGGAGAGGGGAGUUUGGAACAGACGAACGCGGCGGGAUCAGAGACUUUGGCCCCGGCAGAAUCGGAUAUAGCGUGGAGGUUGAUUCUUAUGAUCGGAGCUAUUCCUGCCGCGUUGACGUUUUACUGGCGAAUGCUCAUGCCUGAAACUGCCAGAUACACAGCAUUGGUGGAGAACAAUGUAGUCCAAGCAGCAAAAGACAUGCAACGAGUCAUGUCCGUAUCCAUGACUCAAAUCGACGAGGAUUCAUCGCUGGAACUACAACAAUCGCCACGGUCUUCCUACAAACUCUUCUCACGCCGUUUCCUCAGCCUCCAUGGAUGUGACCUCUUCGCAGCCUCAGCCAAUUGGUUCCUAGUUGACGUCGUCUUCUACACAAGCAAUCUCCUCCUCUCUCAGAUCUUCAACUUCUCCAACAAAUCAAUCAACUCUACAAGCGUCUACGAUUCCGCCUUUGAAGUAGCUAAGGUCGCAGCCAUCGUGGCCGCUUGCUCCACAAUCCCCGGCUACUGGUUCACCGUCUAUUUCAUCGAUAGAAUCGGUCGAGUCCAGAUUCAGAUGAUGGGGUUUUUCCUCAUGGCCGUUGUUUACUUAGUCGCUGGGAUCCCGUACAGUUGGUAUUGGUCCAAACACGAGAAGACUAAUAAAGGCUUUAUGGUUCUCUACGGAUUGAUCUUCUUCUUUAGCAACUUUGGUCCUAACACGACGACGUUUAUUAUCCCGGCGGAACUUUUUCCGGCAAGGUUUAGGUCCACGUGCCACGGGAUAUCUGGAGCAGCAGGGAAGUUUGGGGCUAUCGUUGGCACUGUUGGUUUCUUGUGGGCCACGAAACACCAUGAGGAUGACGUUUUCUUGGACGUGAAACGUGUUAGAAUCGCGUUUUUGAUCCUUGGUGGCGUUUGUAUCGCCGGAAUGAUCGUGACGUACUUCUUCACUCGUGAAACUAUGGGGAGAUCGUUAGAAGAGAACGAAGACGAGAUCGGUUGUACCACGUCAGCUGAAUCAUCUUCUGCCAAUGUUCUAUUUCCAAGAUAGUAUUACUGAUUUUGAGAUUAUAUGUAUAACACACUAUCAAAUCGUCUUGUGGAUCUUUUCCUCUCUUAUUAACUCUUAAUUUUUCCUUAAUCUUUGAUGUUUUGAUACUCAAAUUUGGUUUUUUUAUUUUGUUUUUGUUUUUUUCUCAUGUGAACAUGAAUCUUUUAUUUCUUUUUUAAUUUCGUUCAUAUCAAAAGGGGUGGGAUAAUGGUAAAAAUACGUUGAUCCUGCUUUAAGAGUACAAAGCUUGUCUGAAUCUAAACCUUGAAUGAAGACUCAGUCUUUUAGCGCUUAGUUCUGUUCCUCUUAGGCCACACUUUCAGUCCAAGUAAUAUGUUACCCUCAAAACGAAGAAUCGAACCCUGAGGAAAAGAGUAGCUCAGAAAACCUGAAUCAACCAAAGAUGGAAGCUCCAAGUUUAAUUAGCAGCACACCGCCGCAAAGAUACAGGGGGAAUCUAGGCCAACAGGUCGAAACAAUUUCUAACAUCAUCAUCCAAAUUCAUAGAUAGAUAACGAAAUCAUGUUUUAAGAGAAAACACCAUCCAAAGCAAAAGUGAUUAACAUUUAAAACUUACUUGAAAAGAGAAUAAUAGUAAGAAAACAGAUCACAUCUCCAAGGAAAAGAUAAGAAAUCACGAGGGAGUUGACAGAGAAGACUAUAGAUGAAAACCUAUCCUUGGCAUCGCUACUCAAAAUACCUAUAAAGAAGGGGAGCCCUUCAAAUUAAAUAAAAUAAAACGACUGUCACAAGCAUAUGGCGGAACAGUAGGAUCAAACACUAGAAAUACAGGCAACAUGAGAGAUACACCAACAUAGAUAAAGGGGAAGAGACCAAUAAGAAAUCUGAACGAAUGACUACGAUCAAUCAAAAAGCCAUCACGAUCGAUCAUCACAUCAUCCACAAUCUAAAACAUCAAAACGAUCGAGAAGCAAAUUACAGAAAGAGAACCAACGCAAUUAAGAAACGUAGGGAAGCAAACAAAAAGCAGAGACACGUUCAGAAGAAGAAUACCCCCUUAAGACCCUAGGAGAGAGAAAACGAGUGACAACUAUCCAUCAAAGCCAUCAAUGGUCAAUAAAAACAUACUGCACAAUCUAAAAUAGUAGAGCGAGAAGAAUAUAAGAGCAAACAGUGGGAAUAUAUGCAGUAUGAGAGAUACAGAAACAGAGAACAAUAACAUGAAUAAACUACAUGUCCUGCCUUAGGCAUCAGAGAAGCUCAGACUUUAAAACAAAAAAGACAUUGAUUACAAAACUACUUAAAAUUGACGAAGUAUAAGAACAAACAUGCAGCAUGAGAGAUACAUAAAUUUACAGAUGAAAAAGUGGAAAGAGACCCGUAAGUAGUGACGCUUUUUUGUUAUGUAGCAUGAGAAAUACAAAAACAGAGAAAAAAGAGGAAAGACAUCAGUUAGUAACCUGAUGCUCUUCUCUUAUAAAACAAAAGACAGAGUCUUAGGCGAAAAGUCUAGAUGCCAUUGUCAAUAAGAAGAACAUCAACUAAAAAGAACCUGAAACAUCGAAUAACAAUCCAAAUGAUGUUGAAGACUGCCCAGUGGUACAAUCUAAAACACAGGAAGCCAAAGUUCAAAGAUCUAGUUUAUUAAAACAAAGAGAUACCUGACAGAUCCCAAAGGAAAAGAGAAACAAACCUGAAUAAACCACAAUCCUUAGCAGAAGUGAUUAGCAUUUAAACCAUAGAAUAUAAAAUCAUAAAGAGAAAAAAAGAGAUGAGUAACACUGCGGCUAGUUCAUCAGAGGAGCUCAGACUGAAGCACACCACCUAAAAGACUUCAAA